AUGGCAUCAGGGGCACGGUGGCAUCAUUGGCCGAUGCAGAAAGGGACACCUGAGCGUACUGGGUACUCGCCCCAUGUGAUGCCAAACAUCUCGAAGUCUGAAGCUUGGACCUGGCAGGCAGAAAUCUUGGAUAUCCAUCGUGCCACUCCAUUGAUCGACGACCAGCUGAAUGUCUACGUCACCUCCAUUGCUGGGCGAAGCGUGAAGUUUAGCCCAGAUGGAAAGAAGCUUUGGAGCCACUACACUGGUGUCGAGCGAGGAGGAGUACCAGGAGUCCCAGUCAUUGAGGGCGACCGCUUGCUGAUGUUGUCGACCUUUGGUUUUUUGAUCUCCAUAGACCUGGAGACAGGAGCUGAAGUUUGGUCCAGAAAGGUAACACAGAUGUCAGAUAGCACCACGGAUUGCUUGCUGGCGACCCAGGGGGUGGUUGUCCUCUCCGCGAUGGAUCCGGUGGUGAGCACCUUGGCUGCUGGCCGCACACAGCGCUGGAAUCACGAGAACAACCGGGUCUUGGGCCUGAGUGUGUCAGAUGGAUCGGUGGUUUUCAAAUUUGCGCCCUACACGACCGUCUACAACUUCCAGGCUUCCACGCAACAUGAUGGAAGCUUCGUCUUUCAAGACGUCACCGGCGCAGUGUAUCGGGUCACCCUCGAGGGAAAGCUGGUUUGGUAUGGCGGCGCGAUUGAUCCAAAGAGCGCCAGCACAGCAGCCGCCGUGAUCUCCGAGGGCAAAGUUUAUGCAGUUUGCAACGUUGGUGGCGGCAUGAAGGAAGGCAUGUCAGAAGGCAAAGGCCAUUUGCAUGCGUAUGACUAUGUCACGGGGAGGAAGCUUUGGUGGCAAGAGCUGCCCUAUGAGGGUAACCAAGCAGUGGCGGUUGGCCAGCUACCUGGAGCGAAAGGCCUCUCAUUGGUGAUGGGGAUGGGAAAGAAUCCGGGCAUCCCUUGGUUCAUGUUGGUUGCCAAGAUCUUGCCCUCUUGGAUGGUGCCAUGGACCUAUCCCAUCUAUGCACUCACGUUGCGCUACCCCCACUGGUUUGCUUGGCCACAAAAUCGUGCGAUUUUGGCAUUUGAUGCGGAGACGGGUGAUCUUCAGUGGUGGCACGAGCUGCCAGCCUACCAGAAGUUGGCCAGCGAGGGAGACAACGAGAAGUUCCUCGAGCGGUACCAGGGGUGGACCAAUAACCCCAACAACGAGCCGGUUUGUAUGCCGGAUGCUAACUCUCAGCCAGUGAUCGAUGGUGCUGGAACCGCAUUUGUCCCCUUCCAAGAUGGCCACGUCUACGCAGUGCGGGAUGCGAAUGGCGAUGGCAAGAUCUCGCCAGACGAGGUCCAGUCGCACCACGUGGGUGACGCCUUCCAAGCCUCUUUGGCAAUGGCCCCGAAGAUGUUGGUCGCUCUCGACUGCCAGGGCCGCCUCAAGGUCUUCAAGGACUGA